AUGCCUGCACAAGCACUGCCAUCUGAAUGGGAAUUAACUUCGGAUGAGAUAAAAUUGAUUCAAAAACGCGCACAACUACGUGCAACAACAAAAGCUGAGUUUCUUAAACGCUAUCGAAAUCCAUUCUAUCAAGCCGUACCUGGCCAUUUUGUUGAUCCACAAAAUGUCCGUCUCUACGCUUAUCAACAGAAUACCUAUCGUUAUUUAUAUACCUCACCACGUAUACUCCUUGCACCCGCACUUUUCGUUCUAGCUGGAACUAUAGUUCAAUAUUUCGUUCAGAAACAUCGCAUCCAGUAUAACAAGGACUGUAAUGAAGGAAAAGUUCCAUAUGCAAAACGACCGGAUUUCAACAUUUAUUUCUAA